AUGGAACCUUACGAUCCGACACAACAUAUACAUGUACAGAAACUACACACCACUCACACAGCGAAACAUAAUCUCGAUCUAGAUGAGUUCGAUGAUAGCGGUCAUGUGGCAUCUAAACGUGCUUGUUUACAACCACAGUAUAGCCUGAGUGAGAGUUCACUACUUUCAGCAGGGUUCCAAACCUACACUAUCGAUCCAAAUGUCUAUAUCAACUUCGAUCUAAAUGUCGAUAUCAACUUCGAUCUGAAUAUUGCCCCGAAUUUCGAUCUGAACAUUGGUGCAAACUUCGAUCCGAACAUCGAUCCAAAUUUCGACAUCAACAUCUCUGUUGAAACGGCUGAAGUCACUGAUAUAUCCUCGUUUGAAGAUCAAAUGGAUACGGGUAGUGACGCAACGCUUUGUUCCAUCCAAGAGGACAUCAUGUCAAGUACCUAA